AUGACAUCGUCAGCGCGCAAACCGUCUCUGCUGGAAGUCCCGGCUUCACCUCUCGAGCGGCCCAAGUCCAACUUCACCCGGACCAACACGCACCGGCUACCACCACCUUCGCUGUUCCAAGGACCACCGUCCAAGAAUGCAUCACAUGGGUCCCUCAGUCUACCUGGGGCCGGCGGCGGCAGCGGCAGCGGCGGCGAUCGAUCUGGCCCCGAACCAGACCUCCCUCACCGCAUCAACCGACCAUCUCGCGUGCCUGCCGCAGCGUCGUUCUCUGGGCCGUCGAUGCGCCAGCCACCGACGCAACCUGACCUCCGCCGCGCCGAGAAUCUGUGGGCGGAGAUGCAAAAGACCCUCGCUGACGUUGAGGUAUCGGCUUUGAACACUAGCCACGUCUUCGGCGCCAGCCACAUCAAGGCGCUCGAGGACCUCCGCAUGGCUCAACACUCGCUCGCGCAGACGUGGGCCAAGACCGAGGCCGACGAGCUGCACGACGUCGAGCACGAGGGAGUGACCGACAACGACGACGCGGCCGCGACGAUCGGCGGGAAGGUCGAAACCUCGAGCACUACCAACAACAAGAACAAGAACAACAAAGGCAACGCGAACGCAGCCUUCACCAACAACAAGAACCUUGAGGAGGAGACGGAGCGGGACAUCCAGCUUGCUCGACGGCGGCGCGAAGCCAACGAUCGGUACUUUGAGCAGGUCAACCGCGGCGUGCUGGACGUCGUCAACAAGCUCGACGAAGUCGCAGGCGCGAUGCGGAGGGUCGAGCGCGAGUCGCGCGAAAUCUGGGAUGAGUCGUCAGACGACGACAUGAGCGGGAGCGAGACCGGGUCGGUGACAGAUCACACGGGCGUCACGGAUAGUCCUCUGCACGCUACUGCUGGGAAAGGGGGAAAGUGA